AGCUGCCGGGGCCAGGCUGGGCGCGGGAGCCGAAGUCGGAGUCGCUGCAGCGGCGCGUCCCGCGGGCCAUGCGCUGCCCCUGCCGGGGGAGUAGCCGCCGCCGGGGCGCCGGGCGGGCCGUGCGCGGCCGCUGAGCCGCAGCCCGGGAACCGGGACGCGGGGAGACGAACAACCAUGGCUGCGGGAAAAUUCGCAAGCCUUCCCAGAAACAUGCCCAUGAAUCACCAGUUCCCCCUGGCCUCGUCCAUGGACCUUCUGAGCAGCAAGUCGCCUCUUGUCGAGCACCGUGCAGAUGCCUAUCAGGACGUGUCCAUACACGGCACCCUUCCGCGGAAGAAGAAGGGUCCUCCUCCUCUCCGGUCCUGCGAUCACUUCAGUGUCCUGGCAACCCUGCCCCACUCCAAAUCCCCGAGGCACCUCCUUUCCCCCCUCUCCCGGGAGGUCAUCCAGGAGAACCCGGUGCAAGACUGGCAAGGCGAAAGCUUCUUCAGGGAUCAGCACCUUAUGGACUCAGCUCCUGAGUACGUGAAGUUCUCCAAGGAGCGGCUCAUCAUGGAGCGGACCCCCGAGAGGCUGAAGAAGGAACUGGAGGAGGAGCUCUUGCUGAGCACCGAGGACCUGCGCAGCCACGCCUGGUACCACGGCCGCAUCCCCCGACAGGUGUCAGAAAACCUGGUGCAGCGAGACGGCGACUUCCUGGUGCGUGACUCUCUCUCCAGCCCCGGGAACUUCGUCCUCACCUGUCAGUGGAAGAACCUUGCUCAGCACUUCAAGAUCAACCGGACGGUGCAGCGGCUCAGCGAGGCCUACAGCCGCGUGCAGUACCAGUUUGAGACGGAGAGCUUUGACUCCAUCCCUGGUCUGGUGCGCUGCUACGUGGGCAGCCGCCGGCCCAUCUCGCAGCAGAGCGGGGCCAUCAUCUUUCAGCCCAUCAACCGGACAGUGCCCCUGCGGUGGCUGGAGGAGCGCUAUGGCACUUCCCCAGGCCUGGCCCGGGAAGGCAGCCUCACCGACAGCUGGCCGGACAUGGCCAAGAGGCUGAGCCUCACGCUGGGCAGCGGCCAAGCCCGAGAGCAGGGCUCACCCCGGGGAAACCUCCUCAGAAAUAAAGAGAAGAGCGGCAGCCAGCCGGCCUGUCUGGAUCACAUGCAGGACAGAAGAGCCUUAGCCCUCAAAGCGCACCAGUCAGAAAGCUACCUGCCCAUCGGCUGCAAGCUGCCCCCUCAGUGCCCAAGUGUGGACACGAGCCCCUGCCCCAACUCACCCGUUUUUCGGACGGGCAGUGAGCCCACGCUGAGUCCAGCGGUGGUGCGGAGGGUCUCCUCGGACGCCAGGGCAGGGGAGGCAUUGAGGGGUUCAGACAGCCAGCUGUGCCCCAAGCCACCCCCCAAACCCUGCAAGGCACCCAGCCUCAAGGCUCCCCGUUCUCCGUCCACCUGGCCCCACGUGGAGGCCAACUACUGUGAACUGAACCCCACCUUUGCUGCGGGCUCUGACAGGACCGCCAGGUCCCCCUUUGCGGCUCAGGACAGCUACGUGGAGCUGCUGACCAGCAAACAGAAAGGGACGCCGGAACCCAGGAACUCUGGCACCAACUACUUGAUCCUUGAUGAUGAGGACAGGGGGAGGCCUUGGGGGACCCCCACAGUGUUGCUGGGCCAGGGCCAGGAGGCCCCAGGAGGGUUUGUGCCCCCGCUCCUGGAGACAGCCUCCUCCUUCCGGCCCAACGACUUCGAAUCCAAGCUGCUGCCGCCCGAGAACAAGCCCUUGGAGACGGCCCUGCUGAAGCGCGCCAAAGAGCUGUUCAUCCACAACGACCCCAAGGUCAUCGCCCGCCACAUGCUGGGCAUGGACUGCAGGGUGACUCGGAUCCUGGACGUGUCUGAAGAGAUGAAGAGGCAUAUGGGCGUGAGCUCGGGGUUGGAGCUCAUUACCUUGCCGUACGGCCACCAGCUGCGCCUGGACAUCAUUGAGCGACACCAUACCAUGGCCAUUGGUAUUGCGGUGGAUGUCCUGGGCUGCACGGGCACGCUGGAAGAACGUGCAGCCACCCUUGACAGGAUCAUCCAGGUGGCAGUGGAACUGAAGGACUCCAUGGGGGACCUUUACUCCUUCUCGGCCGUGAUGAAAGCCCUGGAGAUGCCACAGAUCACAAGGUUAGAGAAAACCUGGACAGCUCUACGGCACCAGUACACUCAGACAGCCAUUCUCUAUGAGAAACAGCUGAAGCCUUUCAGCAAACUCCUGCACGAAGGCAGAGAGACCACAUGUGUUCCGCCAAACAAUAUUUCGGUCCCACUGCUAAUGCCCCUUGUGACCUUAAUGGAGCGCCAGGCUGUCAUGUUUGAAGGAACCGAUAUGUGGGAGAAAAAUGAUGAAAGCUGUGAGAUUCUGUGGAACCACUUGGCAACAGCCCGAUUCAUGGCAGAGGCUGUGGAGAGUUACCGGAGGAACGCUGAGCGGAUCCUGGAAGGUUUUCAACCAGAUGAAGAAAUGAGUGAGAUCUUUAAGACUGAAUUUCAAAUGCGACUGCUGUGGGGCAGCAAAGGUGCACAAGUCAAUCAGGCAGAGCGAUACGAGAAGUUCAACCAGAUUUUAACUGCCCUUUCACGUAAACUGGAACCUCCUCCUGUAAAGCAGGCAGAGCUUUGAUAACUCUCCAGAGAACUUUGAUAUAUUCUUUCAGGCUUCUCCAGUUUCUUCUUUGGAAAAGCGUGCCUAUUCAAUUUGAAAAGGUAAUAAUGUGCAAAUCUGACAAUAUACAAGCUUUUAGUAUCCACAGGAUACUAAAUAUGAAAAUCGCACAAGGCACACUUAUUUAUAAACUGUUUAAAAUUACUACUGAUUUUUAAAGAAUAAUUUAUUAAGGUAAAUAUUGCUAAUGUUAAUCAGCAGAUUUAAGAGAAAACCUAGCUAUGUCGACUAAGUGGCUAUUUUCAAUUAUCAAGGUAUUUAACCAUUUUAGUUUUGUGUCAGAUAAGUGUAAAUAGAAAAAAAGUUUUACAGCAUGAAACAUUUAAGAAGGUAUCAGUUGUAUGAUAUUCUUUGAAUAUUAAAAAAUGUAUAUAGUCAUAUGAAAAUAUAUCUUUUGU